AUGACUGACUUGAAGAAGAAGAUUAUUAUUGUUGGUGGUGGAGCAGCAGGUAUUCUGGCUGCCAUGAAUCUUGGGUGUCACAAAGACAAGGAUAAGAUGGAGAUUACUCUUGUCGAUAGUAAAUCUUUCUACGAAUACACUCCUGGCUUAUGCUCUGUUUUGUACGAGCCAACUGAACAAAAGUUCCUUGAACACUAUGGCAAAAUAACUGCUACUUAUGAAAGUCUUCUCAAACCCCUUGGCAUCACUUUUAUACUGGGAAGGAUAGAAGAUAUAAAGGACAACAAAGUGGUAUUGCAUGACAGUCAAGAGAUAGAAUUUGAUUAUGCUAUCUUGUGUACUGGAUCAAGUUACGCGGCACCCUGGAAAUUAAGCAAUCUCGGUGGCAGUGAUGGUGAUGGUGGCGAUGCUGGUGGCGAUGAUUCAGAGACGAUCGAAUUGGGACAGAGAAUCGAUUACCUGACGGCCCAAAGAAAACGAUAUCAGGAAGCCAAGGAAAUCAUUUGCAUUGGUGGUGGACCUGUUGGUGUAGAAAUUGCAACCGAGAUCGCCCACAGAUCACCGACCAAGACCAUCACUCUCGUCAACAGCCAGGACUACGUUCUAAAAAGCGCACCAUCCAGUUUGGGAAAACACUGUCAGACGAUUAUCGAGAACACUAGGCCGAUUCAUCUUAUCUGUGGAGAACACGCCAGCCCUGUUGACAACAAUGCAAAACCAGAUGCGGACGGGAAAUAUCAUUAUGAGACCGACAAGACGCACACACAAAUCACGGGCGAUUUGGUUUAUAAUGCUAUUGGUAUCAAGCCAAACACGCACUUUUUGGCAGGGUCACACUCGGACUGGCUGAACAGCAAAGGUUACGUCAAGAUUGAUCCUUUUUUGCACGUCAAUGGCACGACAAACAUUUACGCGAUUGGCGACAUGAAUAAUCAUGAGGAUCCAAAGAUGUUCUUUACCGCACACAUGCAGGCUGUGCAUUGUGUCCACAAUCUGCACUUGGAAAUCAAUAACAAAAAACCAGUUGAAUACAAGGGUUCCAGGGUUUCUAUGAUUGUGUCUCUUGGACCAACGUUUGGGAUUGGAUAUGUAUCUGGACUGACUCUUCGCGGCAGACCAUUUGAGACAAAAAAGGGGAGCAGAAUAGCAGCCCAGAUGAAGCAUCUUAUUGAACGGGUCACGAUGAAUGACCUUCGCCUCAAACAGCCUGUCAAUUUUGCACUGUACUACACUCAUGAGAAAGCCCAGAUCCUUGCACGCAUCAAUAGCUUAAUAGAUAUAUUCAAUUGAAAAAAAAAUUGUACAAAUACAUGUGUGUAUGCUAUUUCAAAAUAAGAAUGGUUACAUGAACACGC